GUAGCCGGGUGCGGUCGUCUACGGUGCUACGACAGAGCUACGGGAGUGCUACGUACGUCGGUCUAGCAAGAAAAUGUGACAAGUACAAUUUGUGGCGGACAGAUUCUUUCGAUUUAUUUUUUUCCUUGUGCGUGUGAAUUGUGGUAUAAUGUGGGCUUCUCUGCUGAUUUUCGCUCUGUUCAACACGGCUGCCGGCAAUCCGGGAAAAAUGGAUCCGAAACGGGAUCACUGUAAUAAAACAGUUGAAAUUUACGAAGAUGUGUCUUCGCCGCCGGUCACCGCAGAAAACUUUGGACGACCUCUCACUUGUACAUAUAGGUUUCGGGCAUUCCGGGGGUCACCGAAAGACUGGAUUUUGAGAAUAAGAUUCAAAAAGUUCAAAGUAGGUACGCUUGUGAACGGGACUACUUGCCAUAAAGGUUAUAUGCAGAUAGUUGAUGGCAACGCAAAAACAGACGUAUCCAACAGGAAGGAGCCAGGUCUGUUCUGCGGCGAAAUCGAGCAACCGCAGACCUUCAUCUCGGAGACUAACUUUGUGAAGAUUGUAUUCCACGCUGAUAACUUUACUGAUCAGACCUACUUUAGUUUCGAUUCUCGAGCCGAACAACAAUUCGAAGUAUAUCUACGCUACGGACAACAUCCAGAGUUGUAUCCAAACAGAAGAGGAGAGGUUGUGGCUGGGUCUUACUGCGAGCGAGUGUUCAGAGACUGUCGACUGCAAACUUGCUACGUCCAGUCCGCAGCGUAUCCUGGCGUUUAUCCGAGGAAUCUACAUUGCAGAUAUCAUCUCAACACUCGUCUACCAUACAUAAAGCUCUACAUUGAGAAUGAAGAGUUCAAUAUCGACGGGCAACGUUGCGAGAACAUCAUGACUUGUCCAAUGAGGCCGAUCACAUCAGGUUCGGAAAAUUGCCCUUACGAUUACAUUCGCAUUUACGAUGGUAAAGACGAGUCAGCAGCCGCGAUUGGUACAUUCUGCGGCAUGGGCAAGUUUCCUUACUCAAUCAUCGGAACUUCUCAAGAUCUGUUCGUGGAAUUCGUCAGCUCACCUGCAGGGCCUCUGCUAAAUACUGGUUUCCAUUUUAACGUCGGCAACUGGCCUGGACACGUCGAAGCCCCAGGAUCCAGAGUAGGAACUUGUGAUUGGCUGCUCACUGCUGAAUCUUUGAAAAAAUCUGGUGACACGGAAGGCAUUUUCCUGUCAGUUGCGCAUUGGUACCCUCCUCAUACCUCAUGUACCUACCUGAUGCAAGGGUUCCCUGGACAGGUUGUGAGGCUGUACUUUCCCAGCUUCCGCAUCAACCGAAUAGAGUCUCCAAUAGUACCCUGGACUGGUGACUGUGGAGAGUCGCUGACACUCUACGAUGCUCCCAGACCGGACGACGCCCGCAUCAUCAAGACUUUUUGCGACACCUUCAGUAGGCCUAUGGAGAAACAUGACUUCGUUUCCACCGGGAACGCGAUGUUUGUCAGAUUUGAAAGCAAAACCGGCAGUUACAGUGGCUCUUCUUUAUACUACUGGGCUCACUACGACUUCUUUAAUAAUACACGAUUCGGAGAACCUGUCCCCGGGACGGCUUGUGAUGAAGUCAUAGCUUCGUGGAAACAGAGAGCUGGCCGAUUACGAUCUCCUUUAAACACUCUGGUCUACAAGCAGGCUCCGCCCGGCGAAGACGUCCAUUGCUUGUACAGAUUUGUGACAGACAAAAGGAUCUUCGCAAGAGUCAUAUUAACAAUAUUAAGCGUCAAUUUUAAGGAGCAUCCUUACACGCCAGUUUCCUGUCAAAACUGCUAUGAAGAUAGGGCUGAUAAGCUUAUAAUUUGGGAACCAGGGCUAAAAGGAAAAUCGGCUAAUAGUUCCAUAGGAAUCAGCACUACUCCUCUUCCGUUACAUCUUGCUGUCCAACGCUCACUCGGCUCUUGUCUUUGCGCGAAACACGCCAAUACCGUCUCAAGAGCGAGGCCUUAUAGAGUUGUCUCUUCAGGAGAAUCCCUAAACUUGCAGCUGAUUGUCGAUAAUGCCCAUGCAGCUGCUUCUUACUUCAAAAAUCCCUCACCUCUCUUUGAAGCUAGAUACGAAUUCGUUCAUGGGCCUCUUUGUGGUCCUGCGGUUCUGAUUGCAGCGUCUGAUGGAGAAAUAGUUUAUCCUCAUUUAGAAGCACUCGGUUACACUGAACCACCAAAACGUAUUCAAUGUAUUUGGGAUUUAGAGGUUGAGGAAAAAAGGGAUAUUUGGUUACAUUUCGACAGUAUCAAGUUUUCUUCGAGACAUUGCGAGGACGGUAACAUUCAAAUAUAUUUACCUGGAAGAAUAGAACCAUAUCUAUCGGUCUGCGGCGGUAAUGUUUCGGAGACCGAAAAAUUACCUAUUCUGUCUGCUGGAGAACUUGGGUUUGAGUCUUUAGAUGAUCCAUUGGUGAUGGAAAAAGAGAAAACGAGGUCUAUCCGGAUUGUUUUUAUCGGGAGUGCCUCUCCAGCACGAGCUUCGUUCAAAAUUGCUUGGACGGGUCUGUAUCAUUUACCUAAAAACUCAGAUGGAUCACUAAUGACAUCUCGAUUAACCGGUGAAGGAAUGAAGCCUACGGAUUCAGGUCAAGGGUGCGAUUUUAUUUGCCCUGGAGACGAGGCCUUAUGUAUUCCAGCAAGACUGAUUUGCAAUGGCGUUGUUAAUUGUCCGAACAUUACAACGUCUGAAAAGAAAUUCUGGACCGCCGAAGAAAAACGAGCUAAAGAAGCGUACUCUGAGGACAGUUUGAGAAGAUUGGGCUACCUGGACGCUCUAGCCGGACUUCCUUUAGGAAAAAUGAAUGACGAAUCUCCAGAGUUGUGUGCCAGGGCGAGAAGUACAGGAAGUGGAGAGUGGACUGCUCCUGCUCUAGGUGCAGGACUGGCCAGUGUUUUGGCUAUAUGUGCGCUAGGAGCCACCUGGCGUCUUUGCUGCCGAAAGCGGUCUCCUGACGAAGAAUCUUUGGAUUACUGACAUGCGGCCCGCGGCGCACCCAACGCGCCGCCGUCGCUCCAUUCGCGUUCCACAUCCAGGGACUUACCAAUGGACUGGAGCCUCCAUUGACAGCCGCUGUACUGAGUGCCUGUGCCCUCCGUUGUUGACUACUGAACGCUCAAAAAAAAAUGUUGAAAACGAACACGUGCAUUAUAAUUGUUUAGAUUUUGCACUACACUAGAGUUAAUUAUCCCAUUGCAGGCAAUUCCGCUGUUGCAUUUACCCGAUUAUGUUGAGGGCAACAAGUUGUGAUAAAGGCGCUCAAUAAUGUUUGUAAUUACGUGUAUAUACCCACCCUAUUUAACCAAGCCCUACGAUAUAGUGUGCUUCAAAUGAAUCAUAGGUUAGAGCGAGGUGAUAAUAUUCAAACGUUAAGUUAUAUUAUCAAUUAGAUUAAUUUAUAAUAGUAUUAGUGAUUUUUGUAAUCCAGUACUCAAGUUCAUGCGUUUAUAUUAUUUUCAUGCGAAGAUUUAUUUAAUUUGUUUGUAUUGUAGCACUAGCUUUAAGCGGGAGAAGGUAAUUUUUUUUUAUUUCAUUACGUCAUUCAUUGAGUUAUAAGUGUAUACAUAACUGUGAAUGGUUUUAUUGACGUCAUAAAUAAAACUUCUGUAAUGAAUUCGUUGUGUGGAUGAAGCUUACAACGUCAAAUACUGUAUAUUGAGAUGCUCCUAAAAAAGAGCUCAACUUAGCCCGCUCAAAACAUGCCCACUGACCUACUGGAAAUCGUUAAGUAUUACCAUCAGGUUUGGUUACAAUAUGCUAUGAACAGUUAUGCCAAUAAGAUAUCAAUCAUGCGUCUUUUGACACCAGGUGAUAAUUGAAGUAUUUAGACUCCACUACUCCUUUUUUCAUGGGCAGGGGGCCAAACUGCCUACGAGGUCCCCACGUUUAGGGGGCGCGCGUGGUAUUUGGGACUUGGCGAUCUGCAGAUGUUGGGAGCAGGCCGCGGGCCCAAGGAUAUUAAGCUCCACUACACCAUUACUAUACUAUUCUUGAGAAUACUAUUAUAACUAACUGGUGGCUUAGGAUAGUAAUUAAUAUUGAUGUCCAUAGGCACCAGUAGUCACUUUGCAUCAGCUGGGCAGUGAGCUCAUUCGCUCAGUUGUGUGUGUUUUGUUGUAUGCCCAUUAUAUGUAUAUCUACGAGAUUAUUAACAAAUCUAACCAAAAACGAAUCACUAAGACGAAAAAUCCUAUG